AUGAGAGAUCCUGGUCGACUCAGGGAGAGUACAGAAAAACCUGCAGAAUGUCAUGCGGAGCAGGCUGACUACACAACAAAGCUGGAAGCAAUAUUUACAGCUUUUUGGCAGAAGCUUGAAAGGCGCAUGCAACAGCAUGCCGAUAUUACACAUGGACUUCAUCCAUCAAAGCGACCACGAGGAGAACACAAAAUGGCUACCGCACACUCAACUCGGCGCUCACAGGGCCAACUCUGGCGCAAACUGGCAAGUAAGCAGCACAAGCCUGCCCGGAACCAGUCGGGUGACCACUCUUGGCACAAGCCGACCCCCGCUACAAAGCAAAUUACCACAGCAACGACACCCAGCCGAGGCCUAACAUGGCGGCGAGGCGGGAGACGUGCCGGGCCAAGAGGCGCACAUACCCACCUGAAUGGAUUCCCAGAAGGUGAAAGCCUACCUCGGAGCUACUUUCCACCUGGAACCCAGCGGCCACAACUCACCACACGAAGCAAUUACUUGCAAUACCCCGCAGGCCUACCUGGACUAACCACAUGCCUUCUCCGUCUACGCACUGCCCGAACUCCGCUCUGGCAAGAAGGUCUGACCGGCACACUACAUACACAGAGGCUUGGCGAGAAGACUCUCACACGGCUUAUCGCAGACGACAUCCUGCUGGGAAGCUCCCCACGCCUUCACACCCGGAGCCACCAACAGGCCUACAAGGUCGGCAUCGGCUGA